AUGGACAACCUCAUGAGAGAAUUGGAAGGCUUAAAAAUUUCAGGAAAUAUAAUGGAUGAAAGUCUAUGGUCAGGAUGCAUAGAUCUUAUAGAAAAAAGCUUCGUACCACAGAAACAAUGUGGUAAUGAGCGGCCAUGCGAAGAAAAAGACUUCAGAGAAUAUAGAAUUAUAGUGGAUAGAAAUUUAAGAAAUAUUAAAUCUAUGUUACAACAUAUUAUACAAAGUCGUAAUGAAGCAAAUGUGCAAAUAGAUUAUGAUAAUGUAUUAGUCAAAACCUUUGCAAUGAAUUUAAUAUAUCUAAUUGGAGAAAUGCAUGAGAAAAAUGUUUGGAACACGGCGGAAUCGGUUUCAAUCUCCAAAGAAUUAACUGAUUGCUUCUACCAACUAUAUUUUUAUUUAGAUAUUUCACAAUUUUUAAUGGAAAAUAAUAACCUUAGUAUGAUACUAGAAAAGUUUAGAUAUAAAUUACAACGAGACAAUUGGAAAACUUAUCCAUCAGCUGUUACGUGGUAUAAAUGGAUUUUAUUACAAUUAAAGAAAUCAAAUUUAUAUGAUCAUAUUCGUGAAGUACUUCCAACAGCUCUAAUAAUUAUUGAUGAUUAUGUAUCAGAAAAUGUAGUAAUAGGAUUAGAAUGCUUAUAUCAAAUUAUGCAACACUCUUAUAUGAAAAAGGGAUUAAUAGAUACUGGUUAUGCAGAUGUAAUUUAUCAUGCGUUAGAACGUUUGACUCAUCAGAGAAAUGCCAGAUAUGUUGUGCCAUUAUAUUCGUGUUUAACAAAUCUCUUAGAUACGUUGGACAUCUGGGGUAAUAAUUUGAAUGUGUUUGAGUGGACUAAACGAGAUGAAAUACUUGCAACAUUAUUAGAUAAUAUGGAGCUUGAACAAGAUGUAGAAUUACGACAUGUUUAUAUGUUAAGUUUACCACAACUUCUUAACAACAUUGGUUGUGCCAAAUGGUGUGAAAGAAUAGCAAGAAUACUUUCUGAAUAUUGUGAACAUCAUACAGAUCUUAGAACUUUAAAAGCUACGCUAGAGACUGCCAAAACUUACCUUGUGAUAUUUAACUUACGGGUAGCAGCACACUGUAUACCACUUUAUACAGCUUUCCUGAAGCUACAUUUUGACUUAACGGAAACACCAACGUUUGAUAUGGGAAUAAUGCAAAAUUUAGAAGAUUGUAUUUGUUUGCUCUAUGAAUUGACACCAAGUAUAGGCUGUGCUAUUAUAAGAGAUGAUCGUAUGCAUUUAAUGAUUAAAAGCAAGUUUCAAGUACAAUGUUUGGGUGAUAUUAAAUAUUUAGAGUGAAUGUACUAAGUCAUUUUAUAUUCGAAUAUAAUCUCAAUCGAUAGUAAGCGGUAAACCAUAAUCUUAUACAAAUUUAUAGUAUUUAUCGCAUAAAUAAUUGUAGUACUUAGGUAACUUUUUGUGAUAUGAAAAAGUUUACAUAUAUUAUUUGUAUUGCGAAAUACACACUUUUAUUAGAAGAA